AUAUCAUCUCGAUAAAACAAUGAGGAUUAGAUAGAUAUGUUAUCUUAUAAUAUUGAACAGCAAAAGUAUAUUGAAAUUACAACAAAAUGGACAACCACCACAAUAUAGAAGAAAUACCUUUAUCCGUUUUUUCAGAAGGUUACACGCCUGUAAUCUCUCAGCCUGUAAUUUCUCAGCCUAGCACCAGCAAUGACGAUUAUCCAGGAAGUAGAAGACCGAUACCAAUCUCCGUUAUAGAUCUGGAAACAUCACAAACGAGUUGCUUCUCACCUUUACACGGCUUAGACUUCCUGAGAGGGACUUCCAGUUUCAUCAUACAACAAACUGUGGAACUGUCCGACUUGCUGAGAGACCAAGGCGAAAACAGAUUCCUCAUCAAGGUGCCAAGAGGGGAGACCAUAUACUCAGCAUCGGAGUCAUCCGAAGGAUGUGAAAGGGGAUGUUUCGGUUCAAGCAGGUCCUUCAUCAUGAAAAUCUACGACCCCUCUCAGCAAAAAGUCAUGGAAUUCCGAAGGCGAUUGGCUUGUGGUGGUUUUAAUUUUUGUUUUUAUUUGCAAAAAAUUGAAGUCUGGGCUGAAUCAAAUGAGUUCAUUGGAAGCAUAGAACAAAACAUGUCGUUUAUGGAGACGAGUUUCAAUGUACUUGAUAGAAAUGGCAAUAUACAGUACAAUAUAAAAGGACCUGACUCAUGUUGCUGUCUUCUGAGCAAAAAUCAAAGCUUCUGUAUCUAUAACAGUGAUGGUGCUACUCAAGUAGGGACCAUAAUACAUCAAUGGGAUCAAUCGGUUCACGAUUAUACCAUACACGUACAAACUCCAGAUACCCACACUUCAACACGGAACAAAGCUUUAAUAUUGGGGGCAGCCUUUCUUCUGGAAUAUAUGUAUUUUGAGAGCGUGAAGAAAACUAGUUGCAGAUGCAUCUGUUAAACUAUCUGUUAUUUACAUAGAUCCACCUAAAAAUAUUAUUUAGCAUAUGUAACACACAUUAAUAUCAUGUACUUAAGAAAGUAAUUGUUUAUUAACAUUUUAUUUUAAUACUUAUGAAGAUUAAGACUUAUUUUGUUAAAAACUGUGAAAAGGCAAUAAUAAAACUAUUGUUACUAA